CCAAAGACACAGCUCCGGGAUAGGGUGAUAGUCAGAACCAUCGGCAGGAGUUGGGGAAGUGCCUCUAAGGGACAAAAAGCAAAGCGUGUCACCCCUGCUACAGAAGAGCUCAGGCAGAGAAUAGAAAAUUCAGAAUGA